AUGCCUUCAGCACUACCCUCCCGCCCAAUGGGAGACUCCAACCACAUAAAAAAAGUCGCCAUCGUCGGCAGCGGCUGUUCCGGCAUCGCAGCACUGUGGGCGCUCAACCGCACAUACCACGAUGUCCAUCUGUACGAAGCCGCAGAUCGCCUUGGCGGUCACACAAAUACCGUGCAAUGGAGCGCCGGCAAGUUCAAGACGGCAGUCGAUACUGGCUUCAUCGUCUUGAACACGGCUACCUACCCCAACUUCAUCAACUUCCUCAGCAAGGUGGGAGUAGAGACGGAACCCACAGACAUGACGUUUGGCGUUACGCGCGACCAGGGCGCCUUUGAAUGGGCCGGCACAAGUCUCAAUGCCGUCUUCACUCAGCGACGACGCAUCUUCUCCCCGCGCAUGUGGCGCAUGAUCUUUGACAUUGUGCGCUUCAACCAGUUUGCCCUCGACCUCCUCAUUCACGACGAAAAAGACUCUUCCGACCGCCACCGCAACUUCUCCACCAAGCGCGUGGACCAGAACGAGACCAUCGGCACCUAUCUGACCCGCGAGGGCUAUUCCGACGCCUUCCGAGAUGAUUAUUUGCUUCCCAUGGCCGCGGCCGUCUGGAGUACCAGCCCCGACAAGUGUGGUCUCGACUUCCCCGCCAUUGCGUUGGUGCGAUUCAUGUGGAACCACCAUCUGCUGACGACAGUAUCUGAGCGACCUCAAUGGCUCACCAUCAAGGAAGGCGCCCAGGCAUACAUCCAAGCCGUCAUGAAGGGAUUCCCGCCAAACCACCUCCAUCUCAACACCGCUGUGCGCCAAAUCGCCAACAGCGCCGAUGGCCGCGUGCUGCUGAGCCUGGAAGAUGGCAACACCGAAGUGUUCGACCACGUCAUCCUGGCGACCCACGGCGACGAAGCGCUCGCACUCCUCGGGCCCUCUGCCACGGAAAAGGAGCGAGCCGUUCUCUCAUGCUUCCAGACUUCGCAGAACGAGGCCGUGCUGCACUCGGACACCAACUUCAUGCCGCGCAACACCCGGGCCUGGGCGGCUUGGAACUACCUGACCAUGUCCUCACCCUCGACCGGCAAGGCCAACAUCGACAAGGUGUCGCUCACCUACAACAUGAACAUCCUGCAGCACAUCCCGCAAGAUCCCUUUGGCGAUGUUCUCGUCACCCUGAAUCCCCUCCAGCGCCCGCGCCAGGCGACCGUCCAGGGCCGAUUCUUCUACUCGCACCCGCUGUACACGCCCGGCGCCUUCCGUGCCCAAAAGGAGCUGCCGCACAUCCAAAACAAGCGCGGAAUCAGCUACGCGGGUGCUUGGACAAACUACGGCUUCCACGAGGACGGUUUCAGCAGCGGCCUAGCCGUCGCGCAGAAGCACCUCGGUGCCAAGCUGCCUUUUGAGUUCAAGGACUCGACGUACAGCAGAGGCCGGAGGCCGCAGCUGGGCUUGGCGGACUACGUUUUGCGAUUUUUCAUCUUACUCAUCCAACUCUUUAUUGUAUUGACAAUUGACCGGUUUUCGUCUGUUAGUAAGAGACGGAGUGUGCUAAAUGGCACGGCCAAGUCCUACAAGAAGAAGCACAACUGA